GUGUUUUCAGUCUCUCCGGGUUGCAUGUACUGUAUGUGGAGCAGUGUACAGUGGAGCGGAGGCAGCGCGGCUCCGCGAGCUCCUCUCCACUUUCCCAUAGAGAGCCCCUGACUGGCCGCUGAGGGCGAGCCACACACACGCCCUCGCGCCGCGGCGAGCCCGCGAGGUCGAUAUCAUACGACAAAGGCUUUGCUGCAGUUCAUCUUCCUUCCUGUGUACCUCCCAUUUACCUUCCAGGAAUCCUGCUGCAUCACAGAAGCUGGAGAUUCUGAUGUUCCAUUGAAAUCACAAUGGAAAGUCUUGACCUGACUGGUCACAGUAAUGAAAGGCAGUAAUAGAAAUAAAGAUCAUUCAACAGAAGGAGAAGGGGCCGGAAAACGACCAAAACGGAAGUGUCUUCAGUGGCAUCCGUUGCUAGCCAAGAAACUUCUGGACUUUUCAGAAGAGGAGGAGGAAGACGAGGAAGAGGAAGAUAUUGAUAAAGUUCAACUUCUUGAGGCGGAUGGCCUAGAGCAAGAUGUUGGUGAGACUGAAGAUGAUGAGUCACCAGAGCAGCGAGCCCGGAGACCAAUGAAUGCAUUUCUUUUAUUUUGCAAGCGCCAUCGCUCCCUUGUCCGACAGGAACACCCAAGGCUUGAUAACCGAGGUGCUACCAAGAUACUAGCUGAUUGGUGGGCUGUUCUUGAUCCAAAGGAAAAGCAGAAAUAUACAGACAUGGCCAAGGAGUAUAAAGAUGCAUUUAUGAAAGCAAAUCCUGGCUACAGAUGGUGCCCUACCACAAACAAGCCUGUGAAGUCGCCAACACCCACUGUCAAUCCACGGAAGAAACUUUGGGCCUUUUCAUCUGACUCUUCAAGAGACUUGCCAACCCCCAAAAAGGCAAAGACAGAAGAAGUUCCUCAGCUUAACUUUGGAAUGGCAGAUCCUACUCAGAUGGGCGGCCUGAGCAUGUUGCUGCUAGCUGGAGAACAUGCUCUUGGAACACCAGAGGCAUCCUCUGGAACUUGCAGGCCUGAUAUUUCAGAGUCACCUGAGUUGCGUCAGAAGUCACCAUUGUUUCAGUUUGCAGAGAUAUCCUCAAGAACAUCGCACCCGGAUGCUCCUUCAAAACAGUGUCAAGCCUCAGCAUUGUUUCAGUUUGCAGAGAUCUCUUCAAGCACUUCGCAGUUGGGUGGCACUGAGCCUGUGAAACGCUGUGGAAAUUCUGCACUCUUUCAACUGGCAGAGAUGUGUCUGGCAUCAGAGGGGGUGAAAAUGGAAGACACAAAACUAAUAAAAUCAAAAGAAUCAGAUGGAGGAAGAAUUGAGGAAAUGGAGAAAGGGAAGGAAGAGAGAGACAUAAAAGUGGAGAAAGCCAUUGAAACUGCGUUCCAGAAGGAAGCAGAAUUCGGCAAGUCAGCUAAGGGCAACAUAAGAGAGUGUAAGGACUUAAGAGACAGCGAACAGCUACAGAUGGAUAAUGUAAUGGCCAUCAAAGUGGAAGACCCCAAAGAAAUUAGAAGGGAGUCAGAGGAUGAUCAGAAAUACAGUCACUUCCCUGAUUUUUCUUACUCUGCCAGUAGCAAGAUAAUAAUCAGUGAUGUCCCCAGUAGAAAGGAUCACAUGUGCCACCCUCACGGAAUUAUGAUCAUUGAGGACCCCACCACGCUAAACAAACCAGAAAAGAUAAAAAAGAAAAAGAAGAAAAACAAACUGGAUCGACAUGGAAAUGACAGAUCCACUCCCAAGAAGACCUGCAAGAAGAGGCAGUCUUCAGAAUCUGACAUUGAGAGUGUCAUGUACACCAUCGAAGCUGUGGCAAAAGGAGAUUGGGGUGUUGACAAACUUGGAGAAACCCCAAGAAAGAAAGUCCGCACCUCCUCAAGUGGCAAGGGAGGCAUUUUGGAUGCCAAGCCACCAAAGAAAAAAGUGAAAUCCAAGGAGAAGAAGGUUUCCAAGGAGAAGUGCUCAGACAUCACCAAAGAGUCUCGACCUCCAGACUUCCUUAACAUUUCUGCCAGCAAGAGUGUUCAUGCGGAGGUGCCAGAGAGCAUAAAAGCAGAACCCUUGACCCCUACCGAGGAUGCACUGCCACCUAGCCUACCAGGACAGGCUAAGCCUGAGGAUAGUGACUGUCACAGAAAAACAGAGACCUGUGGCUCCAGGAAAUCUGAGAGGUCUUGCAAAGGUGCUCUUUAUAAAACCCUGGUGUCCGAGGGCAUGCUCACCUCCCUGCGAGCUAAUGUUGAUAGAGGGAAACGAAGCUCAGGAAAAGGAAACUCCUCUGAUCAUGAAGGGUGUUGGAGUGAAGAGAGCUGGACAUUUAAUCAGAGUGGGGCCAGUGGGAGCAAGAAGUUUAAGAAGAAGCUAAGGGAAGACUCCUUCCUUGGUUCUGCAAAGCUGGAUGAGGAAUUCGAAAAGAAAUUCAACAGCCUCCCUCAAUAUAGUCCUAUCACAUUUGACCGGAAAUGUGUAUCUAUUCCAAGAAAAAAGAAGAAGACUGGAAACAUGUCCUCAGAAUCGACUAAAACCAGCAAAGGUCCUUUCCAGUCUCAGAAAAAGAACUUAUUCCACAAAAUUGUCAGCAAAUAUAAGCACAAAAAGGAGAAGCCUAAUGUUCCAGAAAAAGGAAGUGGGGAUAAAUGGUCACACAAGCAAUUUUUCUUGGAUGCCAUUCACCCUACAGAAGCCAUAUUUUCAGAAGAUAAAAACACCACAGAGCCUGCUUAUAAGGUUAAAAAUGCCCUAUCCAUUCCCAACACUCCAGAGCCAACAGCAAUGCAAGAACCUUUGGUGGGCAGCCAAAAGAGAAAAGCAAGGAAAACCAAGAUCACACACCUUGUCAGGACUGCAGAUGGCCGAGUAUCCCCAGCAGGAGAUGACAAACCAAAGGAGCAACUGCAGAGGAGUCUCCCCAAAGUGCCCGAGACAUACUGCGGUGAUAACUGCUCACACAAUAUGGUUGAGGAGCCACGGAGCAGUACUCCAGAGAUGCCUGCUGUGUCUGCAUUCUUUAGCCUCGCUGCACUGGCUGAGGUUGCGGCCAUGGAGAAUGUGCACAGAGGUCAGAGAUCAACUCCGCUCACCCAUGAUGGACAGCCAAAAGAAAUGCCGCAGGCUCCUGUACUUAUUUCUUGCGCUGACCAGUGACGCACCCUUUAAUUGUAAAACAUUGUGCUUUACCUUCUACCCUAGCCUUGUCUUUACCAGGGAUGCUAGCGAGUCCAUGCGGUGGGAAGUACAGACUGCAGACAAGUGCUUGUGGCCCCACACAGCCCAGAAUCACUUGAAGCAGAACUUAGCAUUCUGGGCCCAUUUGUUGUUUCAGAAGCCACAGUUUCUGAGGGCAGUGUUACUGUGUGAUACUGAGCAAAAGCAAAGGGACCUGGACCUUUGCUUUGCAUGGAAGGAAGGCUUUUGAUGGUGACCAGUGGUAAAUUGGUAAAAGGCUGCCUUUGCUGUAGCUCAUCCAGCAUCUCUUUUACCAACCAGAGAGUGUGAAACUAGUUUCAUAUAUUAUCUAGUUAUUCUUUCAAAACAAACAAGAAAACCCUGACGCACUGCACUAGUUAUUAUUAGAUAUUCUUAGUCUUUUGUACAUGAAGAUUUAAGUUCUAAGAUGGUUUAUAUAAUAGGUUAUACCUACAUUUAUAUUGUAGAAUAAAUAUUAAAAAGCCUGUACCAGAGACUCCCAAGCAGCGUGGGCAGGCGGACGUACCAUUGUUAGCGGUGUAUGCUCGGCCUCGUGGUCCAUAUAUUCUGCACUUUUUAUAUUUGCCACCAGAGUGGUAGUGGUAGUUUGCUGGCAGAGAGAGAGAGAGAGAGAGAGAGAGAGAGAGAGAGAGAGAGAGAGAGAGAGAGAGAGAGAGGAGAGAUUGAGAGAUUGAGAAAGAGAAUAUUACAAUUCUUACAAUCUGAAUUUUUUUCUUAGCCUUGAGUGACCAAGAAGAAUUUGCUUGGGGCAAAUUGUGGCAAAUAUUUUCCCAGACAGGGGAAGCGUCCUGCAGAUUACAGAUUACUGAUGUUUUCAUGCCUUGAGGAUUCUUUUAUUUUUACACAGGGGUCUAAGUGACCAAUGGAUCGUUCAUAUAAACAAACAAAAAAAAAAAAAAAGACAAAAAUAUUAUUCAGAAGUGACCUUAGUAUUACUUCAUUAUUCUAAACACAUUGAAGAUGCUCACUUCAUAUGGACUUGGAGCUUCAGACCUUUUCCAUCCAUCACAGACAGACCGGACGGGUUGUGAUUGCUAUGCACGGCCUAAUAGGCACUGCGGGUUUUAGGAGCCAUUUGGAGUUUGUAUCGUUGAGGAAGUAUUGAGUGAACGAGGGGGAGGCGUGUCUGAAGUGCGCCUCUCAGUCAGAUCCACCUACAAGUUUCUGUUUCCUUUUUAUGUUUUGUUGCUUUUAAGCAUAAAACCAACCAUAUGCCAGUGCCAAGUGGAUUAGCUGGCUUACAACAUUCAACAUAUUGACUUAACCACCUGAUGUUCACAGUGUCUUGUUUCCUAGCAACAGAUGCAAAGUGAUACAUCAAAAUUAAUCUGAGGCUACAGAUUUUACAGGGUAUUUGUUCCAUAGCACAAAGUAUUUCCCCACUCUUGCAUCACAGCACAAACUACCAAAUUUUAAUUUUUGGAUCCCAGCAAUAAUUUUUAAUAGUUUUCAAACUGGUGGAAUUUUGAUAGUGCUAGCUGGAGUUUGAAGCUUUUGAAUUAGAUCUCUAAAUGGUGACCGUUUACAUGGUUUUAUCUAGCUUUCUUAUUUAUACUUGACUGAAUUGUAAUGUUUUUUUUUUCUAAUUGUAAUUUGACCUAAUAGCCAUAUAAAAUGACUCUAUUAAUACUGUCUAGGUCUAGCUUCUCACGGUUGUAUAUAUUACUUCAGUUCAGGUGCUGGAAAAUAUGUACAACAAUACUAACAGCAUUGAAAAAGAUAGAAGUUUGUUUUGUUUGUUGUUGUUUUUCCAAAGCAGGUAGGGAGGGCCACAAAGUAUUAGAAUUAUGUCCUCAGACUUUAUGUUUAUUGUGGGGAUGAAGGAAACAGGAAGUAGUAAAAGGUAAAUCAGUAGGGAUAGCUUAACCCCAUUUGCAUAGAAAUAAAUCAAGUGAAGAGCCCCAGAUUUUAGCAUACUAUUUUUACUAUGAAAACUUUUAAUAAUAUUUUCUAAAUUUCAAAACAAAAAACUGAAUGAUUGGAAAUUGCUGGGUCCUGAUGUUGGUGGCUGUUGGAGUUUUGGACCACUUGCUAACAGUGAUUUAAACACGAUAAUUAGCUAACACCCCCCCCCCCCCCAAAUAAUAAUAAAAAUAGAAAGCCAACAAUUGCAUUGGUGCAGAACAUGCAUCUUGACAAUGGUACUAACUUGUUAUUCUCUAGAACACAUUAGAAUAGAUCUAUUUUUGCCAGAGCACCCCCCCUCAGUCCCCCGAAACAUUUCACUAGAGUCCUUUAAGAGAUUGCUGUAUAUUCCUAUAUUCCUUAGACCUUUUUUUUUUUUUUUUAAAGAAGCAAACAAGAGAUAACUUUUUUCUACGUGGUUAAUAUCUUACCUGGUCUGCUUUUCCUAAA